AUGAAGAGCAAAACCAAUUUCCUGUUCCCUCUUGUAGUUUCAAUAUGGCAUCAUUGUCUGAUAUUAUCAGCUACUGCAGAAGUCAAUCUCAAAACUGAUGAAGUUUCUCCUCUUGCUUUGAAAUCCUAUGUUACUUCUGAUACUUUCAAUAUCUUGACAAGCAACUGGACCUCAACUACUUCUGUUUGCAAUUGGAUUGGAGUAACAUGCAGCUCUCGCCAUCAAAGAGUCACAGCCUUGGAUAUAUCCAACAUGGGACUAAUAGGCACCAUCCCUUCUCACUUGGGAAAUUUGUCUUUCCUGGUUUCCCUCGAUAUCAGUAGCAAUGUUUUCCAUGGAAUUCUGCCUCGAGAGUUAGCUAAUUUGUGCAGAUUAGAGUUUUUAAAUGUCACUUCGAAUAAGUUCACUGGACAUAUUCCCUCAUGGUUCUCUCUUUUUCCAAAACUCCAGCACUUGCAUCUGGCGCUUAACAGUUUCACAGGCAUUAUUCCACCGGCCAUUUAUAAUGCUUCCAAGCUUGAGAGUUUAGUGUUGGGAUUUAAUCAAUUACAAGGGGAAAUUCCGAAUGAAAUUGGCUCUGUACCACUUAGCUUGUACAACCACUUAGAACGUUUGGUUCUGACAAACAAUAGUUUGUCGGGGAACCUUCCUGUUGAUAUAUGCUCGAAUCUCCCAGAACUUACGGUGCUUGCACUUUCUGACAAUGAAUUUGAUGGUCAAAUUCCUUUGGGAAUUGACAAGUGCUCAAAGCUUCAAAUUCUGUCAUUGUCAUUCAGCAAGUUCAGUGGAUUGAUACCUAAACAGAUUGGGUAUUUGAAUGAUUUGUCUGUUUUAUAUCUUGAUCGCAAUGACUUGAUUGGUGAAAUUCCAGAAGAGAUUGAAAAUCUCCGUAAUCUAGAGAUAUUGGAUGCACAGAACUGUAGCCUUAGUGGUCCUUUACCAUCUUCAACCUUUAUGGCAACGAGCUCUUUGGCACAAGUGAGAUUCUGA